UGAAAUGAUAAUGUCAUUAAUGUCAAAUCAACAUUUGGAACUCGCGUUGUGAAAAGUCCACCUGAAACAUGGAAGAAAACUCCGAAGGUACCGUCGAAGCGACAGAGGAAACCGAUCAGCCAGAAAAUCCUUCGGAAGAACCCCGUCCCAGCUUCUUGGACACAGUAUCCAUCAACACAACGGCAACGGAACAAAUCGAUGAACCGAAUGUAGAACACAAGGAAGACGAGGUGUCCAUCAAUCUUUUUCGAGACUCCCGGAGCCAUUUGGUGACAGACAUGCCGGAACAAGAAAUCGACCCCGAGGACACAGAAGAUGAAACGGGAAAGCAUUCUGAAAAGGGAGAAGACGAUGUGGAAAAGGAGGCAGGAGAAAAUGACAAUGGAGAAGUAGAGGCAGAAGGAAAGGGCGAGAAUGAGGAGAUCGAGUCGAAGGAAAGGGAAGAUGGAGAAAAAGGGGAUGAAGCAGAUGAUCAAACAAAAGGCGUCACCAUUUCAGAUGUUCCGCACACAGAAAUAUCCGAUGAAAAUAAGGAAGGAGCUCAGAAAGUAGAGGGAGAAAAGGCAGAAGAUGCCGAGGCUGAACAGAAAUCGUUGGGACAAAAAACAUCGAAACAAUCGGGGAUUUCCACAAAAUAUUCCAAAGUUACUAUUACCGAACCAUCCAUUGACACGGACAGCAAAAAUAAGGCGAAAACAAGGAAAAGCAUACGCAAAUCCAGGAGCAUCGUUUACGAGAUAGCCCCCCGGUUUCGUUACGACGAUGACGACCGUUUGGCUAGACCGAGCGGAGACUUCGGUAUCCGAUCGGAUACCGACGGUGGCUCCACAGUGAAAUUCUACUCGUACAUGGACGAUGAAGCAGAAGAGGAGGAAGAAGAGGUCGUCGUGGAAGAAGAAGAAAUUGUAAGAAUUGACAGGGUACCAUACUAUGAACGAAAUGAAAUAAUUCAGAAAGAGAUAGAAUUCAAGAAAAUUCGCAACUAUAUUCUCCAGAAAAAACUCGCCAUGUUCUUCAAAAGACGUAAAAUGGAUCGUGUCCUUCACGAAACCGAUCAACAGAUAGACACACAACAAAAGUAUGGAAAAAAACUAGACAUGUUUGGGGAGUUGAUUGAACUAGACACAUCGCAGAGAAGCACUAUCACUGCAGAGUUGGAAAAUUUGAAGAAAAGAAGAGAAAGCAAAUUCAAUGAGCUGAACAAGCUGUUUGGAAAUAUGCAAGAAAGGGAAAAUGAAAUCGGAUUAGGACUGAUUGACACAAAAACUGGUAAACCAAUUCCAGAUAAAUUAGUGGAGAGGCUUAUUAGAAGACAAAAUGUUCAAAUGGAUGAAGUUAGUGCUAUGAGACUGAAGUUCAUAAAGCUGAAGGAAAUGGUGGUUGAGAAAGAAACUGCAAUAUCAGACCUGGACCAAAUAGGUGAAGGGUUAUAUUUGAUGGAUUAUGAACAAUUGAAAGUGGAAAACCGAAGUCAUGCUGAUAAAAUAGAGGAGAAGGAGGAAGAUCUAACUAGACUCAGAUUCCGGUGCCAAAAUACAAUACAGAUAUUGGCACACAUAAGAGAAAAAUCUUCUGCAUUAGACUCUGAUCUAGAUGACAUAAAAGAAGAUAUGUCUAUGGUACAAUUUCAAAAUUUUCAGGUUAGAGCACAACUCAAUGGAGUGAAACAAGAAAGGGACUAUUAUAGAUCAAUGACAAAUAAUCUAAGAAAUGAUUCAGGAUUACUAACACAGCCAGAACUUUUACGAGACAUGGAAAGCUCCAUGGAAGAAUUCAAAACUAUAUAUGCAGAGUUGGAAAACCUAAAAAAGGAAAACAAGGAGAAAACUCAACAUAUAAGAAAUAUAAGAAAAAAUAUGGAGUUCUCAGCAGACUUGGGGACCCACAAAAGCUUCAAAAAUGUUCUGUCAAAGCCUCUAGCUAAACCACUAUUAUACAAGGGUAGACCUAGUUUGUGCAAACCAACAGUUCCUGAAGAGGCCUUUGAAUAUUUGAAAGAUUUUAAACCCAAAGUGAGAUUACUCAAUAAAAAGAAAUGAAUAUUUACUGCCUUGUGAUUUUCUACUCACCUUUUUUCCAAUACUGUCUCUGUUUAGAAGGAAAUUUUUGCUUUGCUCAUCUUGUGUAACCAUUCCAUCAUCCAGAAUUGUUAGUGAAUUGAUGCCAGACAGCAGUAUAUUUUUUGCAAUUUCUGAUCCCAAUGCUCUGAUAUUGAUGAGGAGAACAUUAGCAGCUCUCAGUCUUAAAAUAUUCAAGAAAAUGAUUAGUAAUUGUCAGAAACUCCCUGGCUUAUUCAGGAGGAAAAAAAAACUGAAUAUUAAUGCAGAUAAGAGAAGUAAAGUAUCAAAGCCAGACAAUAUUAACCACUACAUCCUUAAUAUAAUAUAUAAAUUAAGUUGUGAAUGUGUCUCUGGGAUGAACAAUGACAAAGAUUCUUCGAUUUACCCACUUUUCUUGAGAUUCUAUCCCCCAU